CAGGGGCAUAUUUGGAAUUUAAACCUCCCAUCUUAACCACUUCUCCAACAAGAGAAAAACAGAAAAAGGAAAACAGAGUGAGAAAUCCAUGCCAACACCUCCCCUCUUCCAAUCCAAGCUGCUCUGUUUCUCUCUUUUCUACCUCUUCACCGCCCUCUUUCUUUCUCUCUAUGCUUCUCUCUCCAACACAAAAUGCAUCUUCCAAUCUCCACUGUUGGAUCCGAUCCAACACGCUCUCUUCAACUACCCUUCUUCUUAUGGAGAACACAAAUAUGCAAUCUCAACCGUCCAUUCAUGCACUUCCCCUGUAUAUUUCUCAGAUUAUCAGGUGGUUUUGAAAGAAAUCCAGGAUUUCUACAUGAAUUCUUCGAAUUUUCCGUCUGUCUUGAGAUACCUGACGGAAGGAGGAGAGAGCUUUGGAGGGAAUUUUAGUACCCAAAAGAGGAAAUCUUAUUUUGAUCACAGAGACGAUGAGGUGGAGGUUCCUUGUGGAUUCAUGAAGAACUUUCCCGUGAGCGAUUCUGAUAGGUUGGCAAUGGAGAACUGCAGGGGAGUGGUAGUAGCAUCUGCGAUCUUCGAUGAUCAUGAUAAAAUCCGACAGCCCAGAGGUUUAUCAGUCAAAACAUUAGAGAUUGUUUGCUUCUUCAUGUUCAUCGAUGAUUCCACCAUUGCGGGCCUUAAUUCCCACAACAUUCCUAUAAAAAACAAUAAGAUUGGGGCAUGGAGAAUAGUAAGAGUUUCAGGCAAAUUGCCUUACAAAAACCCAGCAAUGAAUGGAGUCAUACCCAAACACUUAAUUCACCGGCUCUUCCCGAAUUCGAGAUUCAGCAUUUGGGUGGAUGCGAAACUACAAUUAACAGUGGAUCCAUUGCUGUUGAUUCAUGCCCUUGUUAUUUCAGAGAACGCAGACAUGGCCCUUUCAAAACACCCUCAUAAUAUUCACACCAUAGAAGAGGCAAUUGCGACCGCAAGGUGGAAGAAAUGGGGCGAUGUGGAAUUGUUGAGGAUGCAAAUGGAGACAUACUGUGAGAAUGGGUUGCAGCCGUGGACACCCGAUAAGCUUCCGUAUGCUUCAGAUGUUCCAGACACAGCUCUAAUACUGAGAAAACAUGGGCUUGCUAGCAACCUAUGGUCGUGCCUUGUAUUCAACGAACUGGAAGCUUUCAACCCAAGAGAUCAGCUGGCUUUCGCUUAUGUAAGGGAUCUGAUGAGGCCCCAAAUCAAGAUCAACAUGUUCGAGGUAGAAGCCUUUGAGCACAUAGCUGUCGAAUAUAGACAUAACCUCAAACGGGGUGUGGGUGGUGGGCCAGACCCAUCAGAGGGGCAGAAGAGGAUAAAAAUGCCAAUUCGAGGGGCAAUCAAUGGAAGCAGAUGUGAACGGUACCUUUUGACGAUGUGGGGUGAACCCCAUGAUUCUUGAAGAAAACAACAUCAGCCAAUGGAAAUAAAAUACACCGGAAAUCAAUGCAAUGCUUGCAAAAAUACCAAAAAGUAAAAAGGAGAUCCACCUUGGAGAAGCCACCGAGGAAAGGAAUUUGGCAGCUGGGAUUGGGAGAAUGACAAAAGCCAGAGUACAAAACAUAGCUUUUGGGUCCACCUUAUCCUCUAGCUUUUGAGUUUUUGUAAGUAGGGCCAAUGGAUUAGUGAUCAAGACCAUUGAUCUGAUUGGUUUUUGUAUGGAUGUUGGAUAUCUCCCAAUUGGGAAAAUCACCCGUCCAUGCCCAUCAGAUCAACGGUUUAGAUCACAAUGACAUGGCUCCAGUUGUACAGAGUCCAGCAUCAACAAAACAGUGCGAGGAAGAGAAUGGAUGAUGAUGAUGCAAUAAUAAUCAGACAAUAAUAAACAUCUGAUUUCAGCCGUUGAAUAUAACAUCUGACAAUUGUAUAUUUACUUUCCAUUUGAUGGCUACGAAUUAUAUGGCUAGAAUAA